CGCGUUCGAUCAGCUGACAAUGACGAGGAAGGAGCUGUUGACCUACUACCUUUGCUACAAUGUGACAACGGAGUUGGCCCAGGCUCAUACUCCCAAGCCCUUUUCCAUUCUGCCUUGAGCAGUGCAGGAUGGGAUCCAGUAGUCACACCAAUCGGAAAGGAUAAUUGCACCACGGGAGGCUGUGUCGUCCCCUGGGGCUCAGGAACCAGAUCGAUGGCGAGCAUUGUGCUCAUUUCAAAUGGAAUUUGCUCCGCUGUCAUGACGGUUAUGUUUGUGGCUCUGGGGUCAGCAGCAGACUAUGGGAACUUUGGACGUUGGUUACUCCUCGUCCUGACGGUUAUUUGCUGGAUAUUCCAGUAUUACAUGAUGGCUAUCAGGAGACCAGAUCAGUGGCUUGCUGCUAUAGUGUUCUAUAUCAUUACGUACAUUUCAUAUGGAGCCACCCUCGUGUUCUACACUGCAGUUUUCCCGAGGCUUGCUCGCUACAUGCCCCGUGUCAGAAAGGCACGAGAAGAGGAUCUGAAAUACGGCAAGAUCAUUCAAGCCGAGUAUGACAAAAUCGAGAGUUCGGAGCGAAGCCACGUCAGCAGCAUAUCAACCGCUCAUUCGAACAUCGGAUAUCUCCUCACUCUUGUGAUCAAUCAUUCAGUCUCCUGCCACUUCAGAGAAAUCCAUUUGGCAAUAACCUCGCUCCUGCUUGACUAAUUCAUACUGGGUUGUCCUCGGCAUAUGAUGGUUUAUCUACGAAGAUUGCGCAAUAAAGUGACGGGAUUACAGGGCAUUUACAUUCGUAUAGGGGUGUUAGCGGACUCCAGGGUGUGGCUUAAGGUACUGCGCCUGCUAUAAGCCUUGUAACUCUAGGCCUGAACCCCUAAAACAAGGGCUGUGAGACAUUUCCAAGGUGGUUGAAAAUCUUCAAGGGUUAUG